CUCCUAUCAGUCUCCUUGGACAGCAGCACAACAGUGUGGCCUCACUGGCCCUUGGUCCCUGCUCCCUUCAGUCCCAGCCUGGUACACUGGACCAUGCGGCGCCUCUGCAGCCCCAGCCUCCUCCUAGUCUACUGCUUCCUGGUGGGCAGCCUGGCACCGAACGACUAUGAUGACGACGAUAAUGGAGAUGACAGUGCAGGUCCCCAUACCAAUGAGACCUCACCCUCCUUCGUCCUCUGCCCGAGGAGCUUCCCUGGGGAGAAGAUGAACUUCAAUAACACCACCUACCUGUGUAUUGGGAAGGAGUCCAGGGAACACCUGUUUCACUGGGCCUCCACAAGCUUGGUCCCUUCCCUCUACACUCUCGUCUUCUUGGUGGGCUUGCCAGCCAAUGGCUUGGCUUUGUGGGUGCUGGCUGCCAAGAUCCAGAAAAUGCCUUCCACCAUCUUUCUGAUGAAUCUUGCUGUGGCUGACCUGCUCCUGGUUCUGGUCCUACCCUUCAAGAUCUCCUACUAUUUCCUGGGCCACCACUGGGUCUUUGAGGAGGGGCUCUGUCGCCUGGUGACUGCUUUCUUCUAUGGAAACAUGUACUGUUCCAUGUUGCUCCUGGCCUGCAUCAGUCUGGACAGGUACCUAGCCAUCGUCCACCCGUUCUUCUCCCGUUCUGUGCGCAGCCCCGCCUUUGCCACCUGCCUCUGUACCAUCGUCUGGCUUGGGGCAGCCUCCCUCACCCUGCCCCUGACUGUGCAGCGCCAGUCCUACCCACUGCAUGGCAGCUCUGGGCUCAUCCUGUGCCAUGAUGUGCUCCCCCAGGACGAGCAAGCCAGCCACUUCCUCAAUAUCUUUGUCUGCCUAGUCCUGUUGGGCUUCUUCCUCCCGCUGCUGGUGAUUCUCUUCUGCUACGGUUCUGUCAUCUAUGUCCUGGUGGCCAGCAGGAAGACGUAUGGCUAUGCCGUCAAGCUCACCGUGCUAGUGUUGGCCUCAGCAGUCAUGCUCUUUACCCCCAGCAACAUACUCCUGCUCAUCCACUAUUCGGAUCCCAGGGUCAAUGGCUUUGGAGACCUCUACUUCUGGUAUGUCCUCAGCUUGGCCGUCAGCACCCUCAACAGCUGUGUGGACCCUUUCAUCUAUUACUACGUGUCAGAAGAAUUCCGGGACAAAAUAAAGAGAAAGCUUUGUCAGCAGGACAAGCACAUGCUCACAGUCCAGAAAACCUCCAAGGAAGAUGUCCUUGGGCUGGGUACCCGCUCUACAUCUCUAAUCUAGAGAUCUAUCUAAUGUUACUGGAUCUGGCCUGAUGGUGGGAGGUUCGGCUUUCUGACUCUUGUACAGAAGGGCCUGUUUGCAGUCACCCCACUGGGAUCUCCCUUUGACCUUGCCCUCAAGGUUCCCUGUAAUCCCUACUUUUAUCAUUUCCUCAGCAAACUUUGCAAAGAUGAGAGGGGAUAGGCAUGGAGGCUUCUGUACUCUGCUUUCCCUUCCUGGCUUCCACUUCAUCAAGAGGACUUUUGCCUUGAAGACCCAACCCCACUUCCAGGGAAGUUCCCUAUUGGAUAAGUGCUGACAGAUCUGAUGGUUGUUUGUACUGGAGAAGAGAAAACUUGGUGGGGACAGGGGCCAUGGCAGGGGUAACAGACACUAUCUACCUUCUGGUGAUUGAAGGAAAGAGGGAUUAAGAUAUUCGGCUUGGCCAAAGAAGGAAGACACAGGACCAAAGCUUGGGGAGGACUUAUAUACAGACUUUGGCCAAUAUGAGAAACACUUCCUGCUGAUAAGAGCUGCCAAAAAGCAGAAUUAGGCCAGCCAGGAGGAGGUACCAAAGCCAAGGCUGGAGGAUGACUUGGCAAUGUUAUGGAGUGGUUAAGCCGUGCUUGGGGCAAGGAGGUGGAAAGCCCUGCCCACUCCAGCAUCCCAUGCCUUUUCUUAGUGCAGCUGCUGGCAGCAGGACUUGAGGCCUGUCCCCUGAGGGCAUAGCCUUGCUGCCUGAAACUUCGAGAUCCCAUAUCUCUCCUUCCUCACUUGAGGCAGGUCAGGCUGGCUGACUUUAUUGUGCCCAUCAGUCGCUCCACAUUCUCCCAGAACUGUGACUAUGACUGCAGAGAGGACUGCUGAACAGAGAGCUGAUUAAGGCCCAGUCUGGUUCUAAGUAGGUUCUUCUUAUGUGACCCAGCAAAUAAAAGUAAAGGUUUGUGACCAAGCCAGCUGCUCUGCUCCGACAUAAGACAUCCAUGCUUGCUGGCAAUAGUUCGUUUUAGCCUUCAAAGGCUAGAACUGUCUUUAGAACACAGAAUGUGGAAUGUGAGAGGGACCUUACGACCAAUAAUAUGGGAGGUAGGAGGGCCCUGAGGACAUAGAAUGUCAGAGCUGGGAGGGUCCUUAGAAACACAGAAUGUCUGAGCUGGGAGGGCCCUUAGAACAUGGAAUAUCAGAGCUGGGAGGGCCCUUAGGACACAGAGUGUCAGAGUUGGAAAGAUCCUCAGAGACCAGCCAAUCCAGCUAUCCUUACUUAACAGAAGAUGGAAGAGGAGCUCAGAGAGGGCUCACAGGAGCUAGAAGGGCCCUUAGAGGUUAUCAAGUUCAUUUUACAGAUAAGGAAACCAAGGCUUUGAAGUUAAGUGACUUGCUCAGGGCCCUACAGCUCUGAGUGUACGAGGCAGGAUUCAAGCUCAGGUCUUCCUCAGUCUAAGUCCAGCUCUCUAGUGCCCCUCAUUUAUUCCAAGCCCCACAUCUGACAAAUGAGGAAAGUGAAACAGACAGAGGGGAAGUCUCUUUCCCAAGAUCACACAGGUAAUAAGUAGCAGAACAGGAAUUAGAACCCAGGGCCUGGCUCCAAAUCUCAUGCUCUCUUCACCACAUCAGUUUUUGAAUAUUUCAAUGGCAAAGCUGGACCCUGGGGUCCAGCUUUCUGGUCCCAUCCAGGGGCAGGUUCUUAUUCUCUGCCCUUUGCCACAGCACAUGGCUGCCCUUCAUCCACGAUCUGGGCCACACUCAGGGUGGAAGGCUAUUAGCAAGCUAGAUCCGGACCUGGUCAACAGACUAAGCCCUGGGCGGUCCCUCCACAGGCCCUUCCCUAACAGAGCCUCAAGUGAGAGCCUGGAGGGGCCUCAGCAACCACCUAGUAAAUCCUCAAUCUGACAAUUGAGGAAAGUGAGGCUUGCCUCACUUGUAGGUUAAGUGACCUGCCUAGGGACACUCAGUCAGGAGGUGCCAAGAUUCAAACCCAGAUCCUUUAGGUUUUAAGUCUGACACUCAACACCCUCUGCCAUGCUUCCUUCUUCAGGUCUUGGCCUGAGUUCUCCUAUGACGCCCAGGAUGACCCGGGCAGCCCCGGGUAUCUUGCCUAGUGCUCUGGAAUGUAGAGUUUCUCUGAGCUUGGUGACUUGACCUAUACUCCAUGAAAGAGCCAAUGGGCAAAUGUGAUGACAAAUGGCCGCUGCAGGGGGCGCAGAGAUCCUUGGGUGCCGGUGUCCUGGGGAGGAACUGUUCUAACAAGAAAGUGGGUUGUUCUCACUUCCCACUCUGUGGCCAUCCCUCCACACAGCCCUAGUUUAGAUGAUGGGAAGGUCCCCUCGGCUUUCUCCCUGUCUCCUCCACUGCAGGCUGCAGGCCCUGCCAGCUUUGGUGCUUCUCAGCACCAAAUAACAGUCCCCAUUUCUAGGACCCAUUAAAAUCUUCAAAGAACUUAGAACAGGUCUGUGGGCAGUAGGGGUAGCAGGGCAGACACCGAAUCUGGAGUCAGAGCCAGUGUUCUAAUCCUGGCUCUGAGAAUCAGAGCAUCUUAGAGCUGGGACAGUGACCUUGGAGGGCAUUUAGUGUAACUCACACAAGGAGAAUCCCCUCUGCAACAUGCCCCCCAGGUGGUCCCCCAGCCUCAUACUUUCCUGGUCCCCUUUGAUCUUAGGGCCUUUCCUGUGGCUUGUCUGUAUCUUCUAUGUACAUAGUUGUUUGCAUAUUGCUGUUCCUGCAGCCCACCUCCCUUAGACUGGAAGUUCCUUGAGGACAGGGUCCAUGUUAUCUUUCUUUGUAUCCCCAGC